AUGCACACCGACAAGUCGAGGACACGUCGUCGUAGCCCAACUCUGGUGAGCCUAAACUUUCAGCCAGUCUUCCUUUUUGAGACGAAUCCUCACAAAUCCUCCGAAAAGUCAGUAUUCCCUCUUUCCCAAGAGAAAAACACGAGCAACCGCUCCUCCUCCUCCCCUCCAUCUAGUUGGCACGUACCAGAUCUCUCUCUCUCUCUCUCUCGCUCUCCUGAUACACCUUGCAGCACAGCUGUGAGGAGGCAAGAAGAAGUUUUGCCACAGAUCCCACAGUGGAAUCAAUCUGCUUCCCGAUUCCAUUCACGUUUACCGGGUCGUCCGCCAAGCAGCCACGACGGAGUUACUUAUAUUCAAUGUGAGUAG